GUGCCUGCGCCGCCCCGCAGAGCCGCGGCCAUGGCGGCCGGACGGGAGCGAGCCGCACGCCUGCUGCGGCAGCUGCAGCUGGCAGCAUGUCGGUGCCCAAGCCAUUCCCACACUUUUUCCCAAGUCCCUGAGCAGCCUGCCCCCGGCAGCACAGACUACGCCUUUGAGAUGGCCAUUUCCAACAUCCGCUAUGGAGAAGGAGUUACUAAAGAGAUUGGCAUGGAUCUGCAGAACCUUGGUGCUAGAAGAGUUUGCCUGAUGACAGAUACAAACCUCUCCCAGCUGCCUCCUGUGAAGGCAGUGUUGGACUCCUUGGCAAAGCAUGGCAUAAACUUUGAGAUGUACAACAACGUCCGGGUGGAACCAACGGACCAAAGUUUCCUGGAUGCCAUCGAAUUUGCUAAGAAGGGGGAGUUCGAUGCCUACGUGGCUGUUGGAGGUGGCUCUGUGAUGGACACCUGCAAGGCUGCCAACCUCUACGCAUCCAGCCCUGCCUCGCACUUCCUGGACUACGUCAACGCUCCCAUUGGCAAGGGGCAGCCUGUCACUGUGCCCCUCAAGCCACUCAUUGCAGUUCCCACCACAGCUGGAACUGGGAGUGAAACCACUGGUGUUGCCAUUUUUGACUUCAAAGAGCUCAAAGUGAAAACUGGAAUCGCUUCCAGAGCCAUCAAGCCAACGCUGGGCAUCAUUGAUCCUCUGCACACUCUGUCUAUGCCUGAGAGGGUCGUGGCCAACAGUGGCUUUGAUGUGCUGUGCCACGCUCUGGAGUCCUACACUGCUCUGCCCUACGACCAGCGCAGCCCCCGCCCCGCCAGCCCCCUCGCCCGCCCAGCCUACCAGGGCAGCAACCCCAUCAGCGACGUCUGGGCCCUGCACGCCCUGCGCAUCGUGGCCAAGUACCUGAAGAGAGCCAUCAGAAACCCUGAAGACCGUGAAGCAAGAGCCAGCAUGCACUUGGCAAGUGCUUUUGCUGGCAUUGGCUUUGGCAAUGCUGGCGUCCACCUCUGCCACGGGAUGUCUUACCCCAUCUCUGGAUUGGUGAAAACCUACAAGGCAAAGGAUUAUAACGUGGAUCACUCUCUCGUGCCCCACGGCCUCUCAGUGGUGCUGACCUCCCCAGCAGUGUUUGCCUUCACAGCGCAGAUACGUCCUGAGCGACACCUGGAAGCUGCCGAGAUCCUGGGAGCUGACAUCCGCACUGCCAGAACCAAAGAGGCAGGCUUGGUCUUGGCAGACACGCUCCGGAAAUUCCUGUUUGAUCUGGACGUCGACGAUGGCUUAGCUGCGCUCGGCUACUGCUCGGCAGACAUCCCUGCCCUGGUCAGAGGCACCCUGCCCCAGGAGAGAGUGACCAAGCUGUCACCACGUCCCCAGACAGAAGAAGACUUAGCUGCCCUCUUCGAGGCUUCCAUGAGGCUCUAUUAGCUCAGUCAUUGUGUUGUGCAUGCUCUGUGCUGGUGAUUUCCCAGAGAGAGAGGCUGAGUCUGUUUGGAGGAUGGAACAACUUGGGUGCCUUUGACUCCAGCACACUGCUGACAGGUCAAGUGGUGAUCUGUAACCAAAUAAUGCUCACUGUGCUUUUCUCCUCGCUCAGCACUCAGUGCUAUCAGCUUCCAUAAAAACUGCAGCAGAUUUCUGCCUUUACUGGA